AUGAUCAAACUUUUGGCAUCUUACAAUGAAAAAGUUGCAGAUGUUUUUCUAAAGAAUGCUCCAUUAACAGCCAAGUAUACCUCACCUCAAAUACAAAAAGAGAUUCGCAAAGAUAUUGGGGAUUCUAAGUUUUGUAUUAUUGUGGAUGAAGCACGUGAUGAAUCCAAAAGGGAACAAAUGGCUCUUGUCUUGAGAUUUUUUGACAAAGAUGGUUUCAUAAAAGAGAGAUUUUUUUAUCUUUGUCAUGUUCAAGACACAUCAUCUAUGACACUAAAAAAUGCUAUUAGUAAAAUACUCUCACAUCAUUGCCUUGAUAUCCAGAAUAUCUGUGGCCAAGGAUAUGAUGGUUCUAGUAACAUGCGUGGUGAAUGGAAUGGAUUGCAAGCAUUAUUUCUUAAUGAAUGUCCUUGUGCUUAUUAUGUGCAUUGUUUUGCUCAUCGAUUACAAUUAGCCUUGAUUGCCGCCUCUAAGGAAGUUUCUUCUAUUUAUCUAUUCUUUCAGAAUUUGAAUUUCAUCAUUAAUAUUAUCACUGCAUCUUCUAAACGUCAUGAUCAAUUCCAAGCUGCCCAAAUUUCUGAAUUUGAACGUUUGCAGACUAUUGGUGAGCUUGAAACUGGUACAGGUUUUAACCAAGUAGGUACACUAAAGCGGGCUAGUGAUACUAGAUGGGGUUCUCAUUUUUAUUCUAUAUGCAGUCUUCAGCGAGGGUAUAAUGAAUCAUGUUCAGUUCUUGAAAAAAUUCGUAGCGAAGGCUCAACUUACUCUCAAAGAGGAGAUGCUACUGCAGCUUAUAAGAUGAUCAUUUCCUUUGAGUUUAUCUUUAAUUUACUUUUGAUGAAGGAGAUCAUGGGCAUCACUGAAAUUCUUUGUCAAGCUUUGCAACAAAAAUCUCAAGAUAUUUUGAAUGUUAUGCAAUUAGUUUCAAGUACAAAGGAACUUAUUCAAGAAUUGCGAGAUGAUGGUUGGAAAAGAAUACUUGAAAGUGUUGUUAAUUUCUCUAAGCUUCAUGAAAUAGAUGUUCCAGAUCUUAAUGCUCAAUAUAUUGAAGGUCGUGGCCAUCGACAGCAUGAUCAAAUAACUAUUGAGCAUCACUAUCAUUUUGAUAUCUUUAAUUCAGCCAUUGACUUUCAAUUACAAAAAUUAAAUAGAAGGUUUACUGAGCAAACAAUGGAACUUUUAUCACUUAGCUCUUCAUUAGAUCCGAAGAAUGGUUACAAAGCAUUUAAUGUUUAUGAUAUUUGUAGCCUUGCAGAGAAAUAUUAA